AUGAAUCAAAAAAGAGAUAAGAGCAAUUCUCCCCGUUUAGUAGGACUUGCUGUCUAUAUAGCAAGACUGUGUAUCCCGGAAGAAUUAUCGUCCACUGUGGUGGAUUAUCCUUCCGAUUUUGAAGUAAGUACUAGAUCGGCAGUAACCAUGGACAAUGUGAAGGUUUUAUACUUCCCCUUGAAGGCUAUGGCCGAAGGUAUCCGCCUUAUUCUGGCGUAUGUUGGCCAGGAUUUUGAAUAUGUAAGAAUAUCUGAGGAGGAGUGGCCCACUGUAAAACCAAACACACCCUUCGGUCAAGUGCCAGUGAUUGAGAUCAACGGCAAGCGUCAUGCACAAACCUCAUCCAUCCUGCGUUAUUUGGGAAAGAAAAAUGGUCUUGGAGGAAAAACUCUUGAGGAAGACUUUGAGAUCGACCAAGUUGUGGACUUCUUUAAUGAUUUACGUUUAAGUGGGUAUUGGAAUGUUCUAGAAUUAAACAGUUGUAUAGUCACUAAUUUUGUCAGGGCCGCUUCUCUCCACUAUGAAAAGGAUGAAAAGAAAAAAGCUGUAUUAAAAGAAGAACUUUAUAAUAACUAUUUCCCUGAAAUGUUUGAAAGACUGAAUGAUAUUAUUACAAGAAAUAAUGGUUACAUGGCUGUCGGAAAGUUGACUUGGGCUGAUUUCAUGUUUGCUGGUAUGUAUGAUCGUAUGAAGGUUAUGCUCGCUAUGCCAGAUUUAGAUGAGAAGUACCCGAAGUUCAAGAAAUUAGAACAAACUGUUCUUAAUCUACCAAAAGUUAAAGAAUACUGUGCUAAUCAACCAGAAUAUAACUAA